AACCGUCAUUCUCCCGAACGCGCGGUUCCUUGGAGCAAACUGUGAUGUAAUCAUAUAAAUUAUAAUCCCUCGUAAAAGAAGCUGGCAAGCUGCGUCCUCAGUCUUCAUGGAGAGUUGUGGUGAUAAAAGGAAGAACCAACCGAAAGAACCAUCUCCCAACAAAUCAAAGUGUAGCAAAACCGAAAACGCGGCGGCUUCCGAGAGCACCGAGGGACCUUACCCAACAUACCCUCGACCAACCCCAGAAGAAUGCGGAGCUGUUCGAGACGAUUUAUUGGCCCUACAUGGCUUCCCUCAAGAAUUCACCAAGUUCCGUACUGCUAGAUACUCUCCUGGACCUGGUGUGGCUUCUUCCUCUCCUCUUCCGUUGGUGAAAUCAGAACCCAUACAUGGAGAAGGAGAUGAGUUCCUUUCCUGCCCAGAAACCACGCCUCUGGAAUCUCGCAAUGAGAGCGUUUUGGACGGUCUCGUCAGCACUCUUCUCUCUCAGAACACCACCGAAGCCAACUCCGCAAGGGCAUUCGCUUCUCUCAAAUCAGCUUUCCCAACUUGGGAAGAUGUUCAUGCUGCCGAACCCAAGUGUAUAGAAAAUGCCAUAAAAUGUGGUGGUCUAUCCGUGACAAAAACUUCUUGCAUUAAGCAAUUACUGAAAGGCCUACUUGAGAAGAGGGGUAAAUUAUGCAUGGAGUACUUGAGAGACAUGUCAGUUGAAGAAAUCAAGGCUGAGCUUUGUAGUUUCAAAGGAAUUGGGCCCAAAACGGUGGCUUGUGUUCUCAUGUUCCAUCUUCAGCAAGAUGAUUUCCCUGUGGACACACACGUGUUUCGGAUUUCAAAGGCCAUGGGUUGGGUACCCACGAGUGCUGAUAGGGAAAAGGCAUACCUUCAUCUGAACAAACGGAUUCCAAACGAAUUGAAGUUUGAUCUCAACUGUCUGCUUGUGACCCACGGCAAGCUCUGCGUGAAGUGUGCAAAGAAAGGGGUUCACCGGAAAAAAGUAACCUCCGACCAACCCUGCCCUCUAUCAAAAUACUGUUGCAUUACUGAAUUCAAACGCAUAAAAGAAUAAAUAACUGGUUACAGGGGGGAGAGGGGUUUCAAUUUGACAAUUUCCAUCUCGUGGGAUCUGAAGUCAAUUUUGGCAUCCUUACUAUCCUCCGGAGGAUAUGUGAACCACCCACCACAAUCGGGUUCUCCCCCCUAGACGGUAUCUGAUUCCGCAUAUCAAGACAGUGAAUGCUUGAUGACUUAGCAUGGUUAUUGGCUACUUGGACUUCUUCCCCUAAGCAAGAAACCAGAUUUUAUAUAUAUUAAAAAGGAUAGAAACAGUUGGAGAGAGAGAGAGAGAGAGAGAGAGAGCUAUCGGUGGAAAGAGUCCCCAGUAAUGGAUCUAAUAUGAAACAAUGGAAUAACAAUCUAGCAUGUCUCUGAAGUUUUAAAAAGUGGGUACAUUUGGAACAACCACCCAAGUCCAACAAAAAUGCUAUGGUUGUUUAUUCAAUGGAAGCUGAUGACCUAAUUCGGCUUUAAAGUGUAAACCUCUGCUUUUGGGUAUUUGUCUUCCAAGAAGAUAUUCCCAGAUCUCAUUGAAGACUCCUAUUAGUAUAUAUGCUUACAUCAUUACCCACCUCAAAUAUUCCUUCGUUUAGCAUCCAAGAGCAUUCCCAAAA